GCUCGGACCCCUCCCCCGGCUCCCCCCAUCGGUGCAGCUCUCCGGGCGAUGCCAGAAUAGAUGCCGGGGCAAUGUCCCGCCGCAAACAGGGCAACCCGCAGCACUUGUCCCAGAGGGAGCUCAUCACCCAGCCUGAGCAUGUGGAGGCCACCAUCCUCGAGGAAGAUGAGGGUCUGGAGAUAGAGGAGCCCAGCAGCCUGGGGCUGAUGGUGGGGGGCCCCGACCCUGACCUGCUCACCUGUGGACAGUGUCAGAUGAACUUCCCCCUGGGGGACAUCCUGGUUUUUAUAGAGCACAAGAAGAAGCAGUGUGGCGGCAGCCUGGGUGGCUGCUAUGACAAAGGCCUGGACAAGGGCAGCCCGCCGCCCUCCUCACGCUCUGAGCUCAGGAAAGUGUCCGAGCCGGUGGAGAUCGGGAUCCAGGUCACCCCCGACGAAGAUGACCACCUGCUCUCACCCACGAAAGGCAUCUGCCCCAAGCAGGAGAACAUUGCAGGGCCGUGCAGGCCUGCCCAGCUGCCAGCGAUGGCCCCCAUAGCUGCUUCCUCCUCCCACCCUCACACAUCUGUGAUUACUUCACCUCUUCGUGCCCUGGGCGCUCUACCGCCCUGCUUCCCCCUGCCGUGCUGCAGCGCGCGCCCUGUCUCGGGUGACGGGACUCAGGGUGAGGGUCAGACGGAGGCUCCCUUUGGAUGCCAGUGUCAGUUGUCAGGUAAAGAUGAGCCUUCCAGCUACAUUUGCACAACAUGCAAGCAGCCCUUCAACAGCGCGUGGUUCCUGCUGCAGCACGCGCAGAACACGCACGGCUUCCGCAUCUACCUGGAGCCCGGGCCGGCCAGCAGCUCGCUCACGCCGCGGCUCACCAUCCCGCCGCCGCUCGGGCCCGAGGCCGUGGCCCAGUCCCCGCUCAUGAAUUUCCUGGGCGACAGCAACCCCUUCAACCUGCUGCGCAUGACGGGCCCCAUCCUGCGGGACCACCCGGGCUUCGGCGAGGGCCGCCUGCCCGGCACGCCGCCGCUCUUCAGCCCGCCGCCGCGCCACCACCUGGACCCGCACCGCCUCAGCGCCGAGGAGAUGGGGCUCGUCGCCCAGCACCCCAGUGCCUUCGACCGAGUCAUGCGCCUGAACCCCAUGGCCAUCGACUCGCCCGCCAUGGACUUCUCGCGGCGGCUCCGCGAGCUGGCGGGCAACAGCUCCACGCCGCCGCCCGUGUCCCCGGGCCGCGGCAACCCUAUGCACCGGCUCCUGAACCCCUUCCAGCCCAGCCCCAAGUCCCCGUUCCUGAGCACUCCGCCGCUGCCGCCCAUGCCCCCCGGCGGCACGCCGCCGCCCCAGCCGCCGGCCAAGAGCAAGUCGUGCGAGUUCUGCGGCAAGACCUUCAAGUUCCAGAGCAAUCUCAUCGUGCACCGGCGCAGCCACACGGGCGAGAAGCCCUACAAGUGCCAGCUGUGCGACCACGCGUGCUCGCAGGCGAGCAAGCUCAAGCGCCACAUGAAGACGCACAUGCACAAGGCCGGCUCCCUGGCCGGCCGCUCCGACGACGGGCUCUCGGCCGCCAGCUCCCCGGAGCCCGGCACCAGCGAGCUGGCCGGCGAGGGCCUCAAGGCGGCCGACGGCGACUUCCGCCACCACGAGAGCGACCCGUCGCUGGGCCACGAGCCUGAGGAGGAAGACGAGGAGGAGGAGGACGAGGAGGAGGAGCUGCUGCUGGAGAACGAGAGCCGGCCCGAGUCGAGCUUCAGCAUGGACUCGGAGCUGAGCCGCAACCGGGAGAACGGCGGCGGCGGUGGCGGCGGCGGCGGCGGCGUGGCCGGGGUGCCGGGCGCGGGCGGCGGCGUGGGCGGCGCGGCCAAGGCGCUGGCCGACGAGAAGGCGCUGGUGCUGGGCAAGGUCAUGGAGAACGUGGGCCUGGGCGCGCUGCCGCCCUACGGCGAGCUGCUGGCCGACAAGCAGAAGCGCGGCGCCUUCCUGAAGCGCUCGGCGGGCGGCGGGGACCCGGGCGACGACGACGACGCGGGCGGCUGCGGCGACGCGGGCCCGGGCGGCGCGGUCAACGGGCGCGGCGGCGGCUUUGCGCCGGGCGCCGAGCCCUUCCCGGGCCUCUUCCCGCGCAAGCCGGCGCCUCUGCCCAGCCCCGGGCUCAACAGCGCGGCCAAGCGCAUCAAGGUGGAGAAGGACCUGGAGCUGCCGCCCGCCGCGCUCAUCCCAUCCGAGAACGUGUACUCGCAGUGGCUCGUGGGCUACGCGGCGUCGCGGCACUUCAUGAAGGACCCCUUCCUGGGCUUCACGGACGCGCGCCAGUCGCCCUUCGCCACGUCGUCCGAGCACUCGUCCGAGAACGGCAGCCUGCGCUUCUCCACGCCGCCCGGGGACCUGCUGGACGGCGGGCUGUCGGGCCGCAGCGGCACGGCCAGCGGGGGCAGCACGCCGCACCUGGGCGGCCCGGGCCCCGGGAGGCCGAGCUCCAAGGAGGGCCGGCGCAGCGACACGUGCGAGUACUGCGGCAAGGUGUUCAAGAACUGCAGCAACCUGACGGUGCACCGGCGGAGCCACACCGGCGAGCGGCCUUACAAGUGCGAGCUGUGCAACUACGCGUGCGCGCAGAGCAGCAAGCUCACGCGCCACAUGAAGACGCACGGGCAGAUCGGCAAGGAGGUGUACCGCUGCGACAUCUGCCAGAUGCCCUUCAGCGUCUACAGCACCCUGGAGAAACACAUGAAAAAGUGGCACGGCGAGCACUUGCUGACUAACGACGUCAAAAUCGAGCAGGCCGAGAGGAGCUAAGCGCGCGCGGCCCCCGCGCACCUGUACAGUAGCCCCGUCGCCAAGCGAGAGAAUGCUGACCUGACACUUGCCUCCGUGUCGCCGCCGCCGCUCGGCACCCUCUGCGAGCCCCCGGGGCCCCAGGGGAGGCGGCCCUCCAACCUAACCUGUGUCUGCGAAGUCCUAUGGAAACCCGAGGGUUGAUUAAGGCAGUAAAAAUUGUGGAGCCUUUUAACUGUGCAAUAAUUUCUGUAUUUAUUGGGUUUUGUAAUUUUUUUGGCAUGUGCAGGUACUUUUUAUUAUUAUUCUUUCUGUUGAAAUUCCUUUAAGAGAUUUUGUUGGGUAUCCAUCCCUUCUUCAGUUUUUUGUUUCUUUUUUUUGUUUCUUUUUUUUGUUUGUUUUUUAAAAACUCAGUAGUAGCCUGAGCGAUGACUCCCGAGCUAUGUAGAGGGGAAGCAUAUAUUUUAAAUUAUAAUUUGGGGGGGGGAGGGCGCUGCUUUUUUGAAAUCUAAGCUAAGCAUGUGUAAUUUCUUGUGAAGAAGCCAACACUUAAAUGACUUUUAAAGUUGUUUACUUUUUUAUUCCUUUUUUUUUUUUUGUCCUGAAAUAAAAAGUGGCAUGCGUUUUUGUUUUUGUUUUGGGGGAGGGGGUGGAUGAACAGCGGAUAACAAUCUUUAAAGUUGUAGCACUUUGUUUCAGAAUCGGAAAGGAGAUGUAGCACUGAUGAUGUCCCGAGUAACAGAGGCCUUUUCUGUGUUGAUUUCAACUUUGCAAUACAUAAGGAAACCUUUGCGUGGUGGUGGUGGGGAGAGGCCCUCAGAAAACUCAGCACUGCCAGAGAAACAGGAGUUUUUGAGGGCUGCCCCUGGGAAAUGGCCCAAGAGCAUUCUAAAAUUGUGCAUUCCCAUCAGAUCCCGUACUUUUCUUGGAAUGUCGGUGGGCCCUGGGAUGCCAUCUCUGCUAUUUGCCGUAGAUUAGACUAAAUAAAAUGGGCUGAGGGUACUUUUGGGGGUAGAUGGUGGUGACCUGCAGUGACACAGAAAGGAGAGAAACCAGUGGUGUUCUUUCAGGCUUCUUCUGGCUUGACAGCUUCUCUCUCUCUCUCUAUCACCCCCACCACAGAAAUCCUAAGUCAUACAUUGCUGCCAGUGACAACUGAUCGUUUCCCAAGCAGACAAGUGUACUGAUGGUGAAUUGAGGGAAGUUACUAUUCUCUCACGGAAUGCACACUGAUGACAU